GAUUGGAAUGAGGUUUCAUCCCUCACCCUCCCUAAACGACCCCAAGCACCCCCUUUUAGAAGAUGGGCUUCCAGGGCUUGAGAAAUGGUCAGAUUCCACUCCCCUGCUAUUGUGGCCCCAAGGGUCCCCCACUCCACAACCCCUCUGGGUGAUGAGGAAGACAGAGGAGGUGAAAUCCUGCACUUUAUGCCAAGAGACUGGGUAUAGGACCGCAUGAGUUGGCUGAUCCCUUAAGUGGUGAGUGGGCUCAAGCAGAAGCUUAGGUGUUGGCCUUGCGACGGGUGAGCUGAAGAGAAGGAAAGUAAUCUGCACUGAACUACUUUAAGCAAAUACACUCUAUAUUUCAUCUCCUUUAUCCUAACGGCUGUUCAAGGUACCAAUGAUUAUGAUCAUUAUUCCAAUCAGGGUGCUGUCUUUAAGGAAGUUUAUGUAAAUCAGGGAGACAACUUUAUUAUCUCCUUAUUGUCAGCUAACUCUGGAAUUAAUCUAAAGGCUUUUUUUUUUUCUCUAUUUGCCCUGAAGCCCACAGAGAAAUAGAAAUGUUUUUCUUAUCCUUUAUUCACAUGUUUGUCCUGUAUUGAUGAGUAUUUAGAAUGUUUCUCAUUUUUUCCUUUUUAAAAAGAUUUCAGCAAUGCUAUUUCAAAUAACCACUUACCUGGCUAUUUUGGACAUGUGAACAAUUUUUCCUCCAUUACAUGUGUAAACAUCUAUCCCUUGGGGCUUGAUUUCAAUAAUUUAAACUUCCUUAUAUGUGUCUGAGCAUUCUCAUUUCUUUAACCAUCUUUGUACCUGUUGUUACAAUAUUUAAAUGUAUUUAUAACUGAUAAGUGUGUUUCCAUUUCCUUGAUGUAUUUGGUCCCUCAUCCCGCCCCCAUACCCAGACACACACAGAACCACUUUUUACCUUUUCGUUUUUCAAAUUUUUAAAAAAUUCUUUUUUGCUUUUUUUCCACAUUUAAAUUUUGUCAGAUGAUAGGUGAUAAAAGGAUAUUUAGAUGGUUUCAUUUGCAUUCCUUAAUGUAUUAGUGAGCUAGAAUGCUUUUUCUUGUGAUUACUGGCCAUUUGCGUUUCUUUGCCUGUGAACCAUUUACAUAUUUUGUCAGUUUUGCUGUUUUGUUAUAGGAGCUGUACAUGUGUUAAACCUAAAACCCUUCACUGAUGGAUGCAUGCGUUAUUUCAACACAUCUUUCUUGGAAAAAUAGGCCCGGCACCGCCUCUGCGUGCAACCCUGCUGGUCUGGCCCAGGCGCGGGGCGGGGCCAGCAUGAUGAGCGCCCCAGGCAGCCCCGACCAGGCCUACGACUUCCUGCUCAAGUUCCUGCUGGUGGGCGACAGCGACGUGGGCAAGGGCGAGAUCCUGGAGAGCCUGCAGGACGGCACGGCCGAGUCCCCGUACAGCCACCUGGGGGGAAUCGACUACAAGACGACCACCAUCCUGCUGGACGGCCAGCGGCGGGUGAAGCUGAAGCUCUGGGAUACGUCGGGGCAGGGAAGAUUUUGUACCAUAUUCCGCUCCUACUCUCGUGGUGCACAAGGAGUGAUCCUGGUCUACGACAUUGCAAACCGCUGGUCUUUCGAGGGUAUGGAUCGAUGGAUUAAGAAGAUCGAUGAGCAUGCCCCUGGUGUUCCUAAAAUCCUGGUGGGGAAUCGCCUACAUCUGGCAUUCAAGAGGCAGGUGCCCAGGGAGCAGGCCCAGGCCUAUGCUGAGCGCCUGGGCGUGACCUUCUUUGAGGUCAGCCCUCUAUGUAAUUUCAACAUCAUAGAGUCUUUCACGGAGCUGGCCAGGAUCGUGCUGCUGCGGCACAGGUUGAACUGGCUCGGGAGGCCGAGCAAGGUACUGAGCUUGCAAGACCUCUGCUCCAGCACCAUCGUGUCCUGCACACCCGUAUACCUGGUGGACAAGCUCCCGCUCCCCAAUGCCUUAAGAAGCCACCUCAAGUCCUUCUCCAUGGCUAAGGGCCUGAAUGCCAGGAUGAUGCGAGGCCUCUCCUACUCCCUCACCACCAGCUCCACCCACAAAAGGAGCAGCCUCUGCAAAGUGGAGAUCGUCUGCCCACCCCAGAGCCCACCCAAAAACUGCACCAGAAACAACUGCAAAAUUUCUUAAGGAAGGCACCAGAACGAAACAAGCUGGAAUCACUCCAGGAAGAACUCUGGUUACACCUGGAAGACGGAAGUCGGAAGUCGCAUUCUAGAUUCAAGAAAUUAGUUUUCAGUUUCUCAAGGGAAUCAUGCUGCUUGGGAAUGGUGUGAUGCCUUCUGUCAAUAAAAACACAUUACGCAGUU